CCGAUGAUUCCGAGUCAACGACAAAACCUUGUUAGAAUCUUGCGAGUUUGCACAAAGAAUGGGCUUUCUGAUCAAGGGGGUCAAGUUCAUGGUUUUCUUCUCAAAUCUGGAUCUGGGUUGGAUAUGUAUAUGAGCAAUUAUCUCAUUGACAUGUAUUGUAAAUGCAGAGAACCCUUCAUUGCUUAUAAGGUGUUCGACAAUAUGCCGGAGAGAAAUGUUGUUUCAUGGACGGCUCUCAUGAGCGGACAUGUAUAUAAUGGUGACCUUACGGGAUCUUUAUCUCUCUUCACCGAAAUGAGGCGUCAGGGUGUUAACCCAAAUGAGUUCACUUUCUCGACGAAUCUUAAAGCUUGUGGUUUGCUUAACGCACUCGAAAAGGGAUUGCAGAUCCAUGGGUUUUGUUUGAAGAUUGGUUUUGAAAUGAUGGUCGAGGUGGGGAAUUCUUUGGUUGACCUGUAUUCAAAAUGUGGAAGAGUCAACGAAGCUGAGAAAGUGUUUCAUUGGAUGGUGGAUAAGAGUCUUAUAAGCUGGAACGCGAUGAUAGCUGGAUAUGUACAAGCGGGGUAUGGUAGCAGAGCUUUGGCUACGUUUCGUAUGAUGCAAGGCACAAAGAUAAGGGAAAUGCCGGACGAGUUCACAUUGACGAGUUUGUUGAAAGCUUGUAGUAGCAUUGGUAUGAUUCAAGGGGGAAAACAGAUACAUGGUUUUCUAAUCAGGAGUGGGUUCCCUUGUUCAAGUUCCGCAACCAUCACCGGUUCUCUCGUUGAUUUGUAUGUCAAGUGUGGAAAUCUCUUUGGUGCUCGGAAAGCUUUCGAUCAAAUCAAGGAAAAGACAAUGAUCUCAUGGAGUUCAUUGAUUCUUGGAUAUGCUCAAGAGGGCGACUUUGUGGAGGCGAUGGGUUUGUUUAGACGACUACGGGAGCUAAACUCUCAGACCGACAGUUUUGUUCUUUCUAGUAUCAUCGGAGUCUUUGCUGAUUUUGCACUCUUGCGGCAAGGGAAGCAAAUGCAAGCACUCGCUGUUAAACUCCCGUCUGGGUUAGAAACAUCUGUUUCAAAUUCAGUGGUGGACAUGUAUCUCAAGUGUGGAUUAGUUGAUGAGGCUGAGAAAUGCUUCGACGAAAUGCAGUCGAGAGAUGUGAUCUCCUGGACAGUAAUGAUCACUGGCUACGGGAAGCAUGGGCUUGGCAAGAAAGCAGUUUGUGUUUUUAACAAAAUGUUGAGACAUAACAUUGAACCUGAUGAUGUAUGCUACCUAGCAGUACUCUCAGCUUGUAGCCAUUCUGGUCUGGUCAAAGAAGGGGAAGAACUUUUUUCGAAGUUACUAGAGACAAGAGGAAUCAAACCUAGGGUAGAACACUACGCGUGUGUUGUUGAUCUAUUAGGACGAGCUGGUCGUUUGAAGGAAGCAAAACAUCUGAUUGACACAAUGCCUGUUAAACCAAAUGUUGGAAUAUGGCAAACACUUCUCAGCGGCUGUCGAUUACACGGAGACAUCAAACUAGGGGAUGAAGUAGGUAAGAUUCUAUUGAGGAUCGAUGGAAAAAAUCCUGCAAAUUACGUGAUAGUGUCCAACCUUUAUGGAGAAGCUGGUUAUUGGCACGAACAUGGGAAGGCGCGAGAGCUUGGGAAGAUAAAAGGGUUGAAGAAAGAAGCUGGUUUGAGCUGGGUAGAGAUUGAGAGAGAGAUGCAUUUCUUCCGUAGCGGAGAUUAUUCACAUCCCCUGACUUUUAGGAUCCAAGUAACUUUGAAAGAUGUUGAAAGAAGAAUGAGAGAAGAAUUGGGAUAUGUUUACGGCCUAAACCAAGAAUUACAUGAUAUAGAUGAUGAGUCGAAGGAAGAGAACCUUAGAGCUCACAGCGAGAAGCUAGCGAUUGGUCUGGCAUUGGUAUCAGGCGACUUAAACCAGAAAGAAAAGACAAUAAGAGUGUUCAAGAACUUGAGGGUAUGCGUAGAUUGUCAUGAGUUCAUCAAGGGGUUGUCUAAGAUCAUGAAGGUAGCUUUUGUUGUGAGAGAUGCUGUUCGAUUUCACAGUUUUGAAAAUGGUCGUUGUUCUUGUGGGGAUUACUGGUGAAAUUACUUCCACUUCCACUAAGAGGCGCCAAGCUAGAAGGAGCAAUGCUCAGGAGCUUCUGUUCAAGAACAGGAUCAAAGGGCAUAAAUAACUCAAGUAAAGUUUUAAAUACGACAGAGUUUUAGAGUAUCAGAAUGAUAGCUCUUUCUCUAAGACACUGGGAAGAAGACAAUGUGAUGUGGUGAUCAGGUUUUGCAGAUUCA